GAGGACGUGGGCCGCACCGUGGGCUACCGCAUCGGCAACGACCGCUCCGCCGACAAGGACAGAGCCAGAAUUCUCUUCGUGACCGCGGGCUGGCUCUUGCAGAAGCUCGUCCAUUCCCAGGGCCGGGCGCUCUAUUCGCACGUGUUGCUCGACGAGGUCCACGAGCGAAGUAUCGAAUCGGACCUCUUGUGUUUUAUCCUCAGGGACCGUCUGAGUGCAGCUUCCUCCUCUGGCCAGGCUGCACCUAAACUAAUUCUGAUGUCAGCCACGCUCCAGAGCAGCAUCUUCCAGGACUACUUUCACCCUGCUCUGCUAGGUUCCUCCCCACCUCCUUCCUCCAGUUCCUCGGACGCGCUCUCCCAUCUUGUUUCUUGCGAGAGGACUGGGAAUGGUGGGAUUCCCGGGAGGGAAUCAACGAAGGAGGGAACGGGAACCUCGGGCGUGGGGCGCGCGGGUUUCUACGAAAAGGAGGAGGAGUGGAGGGAGGGAGGGAAAGAGGAGGAUGACGACGAAGAGAAGGAUGAAGAGGUGCCGACGCUGCACGUGGGCGCCAAAAGCCCUUUCUCGGUAGGAAGGAGGGAGGGGGGUAGGGAGGGAAGGAGGGAGGGGGGAAGUGAAGGAGCGCUCGCACAGCCUACCUCGCCUCGACGUUCUUGGUCCGAUACUCGCCCACCCCGCCACUUCCUUCCCUCCCUCCUCCUUCUCUUUCUCCCUCCUCUCAAGGUUACGGAGGUCUACCUGGAGGACCUCCGUGGCUUCUGUGCUUUCCUGGAGGCGGACCUCGCGCUAUCCUGCUUCGUCGACUCCAUGGUCAAACGCGGAGAAAGCAUGGCAGGGAGCAAGCCGGCCCUGGAGGAGAAGAUGAUGACGAUUGCCGUCAAGCUUCUCUCCUCCUUGGUCGCACCAGGGCAGGUAGCCCUGGUUUUUGUCGCAGGCAUGGCCGACAUCGAGGACCUUCACACGCACUUCUCCGACCUGCUCCCUCCGCAUAAACUCGCGAGCCUGGAGAUUCUCCCCUUCCAUUCCCUCAUUUCCGUCGAGGAAACGGACAAAGUCUUCGAGCCCUCGCCCACUCGAUCCAAGAUCAUCAUCGCCACCAACAUCGCCGAAGCCUCCCUGACCAUUAAUGACGUCAAGUUCGUUGUCGAUUUCGGCGUCGCCAAGGCCCUCCGCUAUGACAUAUUGGAGCAUCGAACGGUCCUUGGCUACAGCUGGGUCUCGCAGGCAAGCGCCAACCAACGUCGAGGACGCACGGGGCGUGUCUGUGAUGGCUUUGUCAUUCGACUCUAUACGAGGGCCUUCUUUGCUUCUCUCUCCCCGCACGACGAGCCAGAGAUCCUGACGAAGCCUUUGGACGCCGUCAUUCUCCAGAUGAAGAUCAUGGAAUUUCCGGAUCCGAUUCAAGCUCUUAUGCGCUGUAUCACCCCUCCCGAAGUGGAGCAGGUGACAGCUGCCACCGGAUAUUUGUUCGAAAUCGGGGCGUUGGAGGCGAAUGACGCGACCUCUCCCACCACAGCUCUGGGCCCCCUUCUAAACACUUUAGGAGUCGACCUGCCGAUCGCGAGGAUGAUGAUCUUGGGAUGCGUGCUGGGCGUGGGCCUCGAGGCGAUCGUCAUGGCGGCAAGCCUGUGCCUUCCUCAGGAUGUCUUCCGCCUCCCUCACCCCACAUUCAGCAAAUCUAUCCCCGCAUUUUUCCACGAGAUGGGCCGUGUCCAAUUUUACAAAGAAGCGUACUCCUACGGCCUGGUUCGCGGCAAGAGGGAGCUCAAGAAGCGUCAACGCGAUUGGUGCACGGAGAGAGGACUGGUAUCGCGGACGCUUGACCGCCUCCAUAUGGAGGUGCACAAGACCCUUGUCAGGCCUACCUACGUGCAAGAGCUGCUCAGAGACCAGGAAAAGAUUUUCCUCCUUCGCAGCCUCCUUCUCGGCUCUUUCCACGCCAAUCUGCUGCGAGGCACCAUGAGCGCCCGCGGUAAUUCUGAAGAAGAUGACCGGAAGCUCGUCAUUCGCCGCCCGCCGGCAGAGAUC